GCGGGGAGCUGUCCGCCCAGCACCGGGAGGUGUUCUCUCCUCAGCAGCGCUCAGCCGCCGCGCUCCGCUGCCGCCCGGUUCCCGGGGUCAGCCCCGGGGCGCUACGCCUCUCCGCUUUGCCGGGGAUUUUUCCGCUCCUUCUCCGUGUGCCCCGUCGGGGCUGCGCCGUGCAGGGCUCCUGGGGCGAGCUGCACGCAUCUCUGGCGCGACACCGGAGUGCCACGGGUGCCUGUGCCGGGAUUCGCUCGUCGUGCUUCGCCAGCCCUUCGCGUCCCCAGCGUGUCCCUAUGGUGCCCCUGAUGCGUCCGCACCACCGCACACUUGGACCGAUCGAGGCGGGGGCAGCGCUGCCGCUGUCGCAAUUCGCCCCGUUGCGCCCCAGCGUUCCCCAGUGGGCCCCGCCAAGCGCCGGGCGGGCGGCACGGUUUUCCCACAGGACGGUGUCCACUGCUGGUGAGGAAGAAUGUGGGUACCGGCUGGCACAGAGCAGGCAGCGGUGCAGGAUGCUCCUGGGUACCUGGAGGAGGGCUCAGAUCCGGAUGCCCUGUGAUACUCGCUGUUCCCUGUCCCCUCCGACACUCCUUUCUCUAGGAAGGCUGGGGGCUCUGAGCUGCUACAGCUCCUAGGUAAUGUUCAGGGACAUGCAGGGGGUGACCCUGUAGGGUCCAGAGUGCUGGAAGUUGUCUAUCUGGGAGCAGCCUUGCUACGAGCUGAGCUGUGCAGGAGCAGGUAAGCCAUGUUGGGCAGGCUGCCUGCAGGUCCCAUUGGCUUGAGCCAGAGCACAGCUGGGCACCUCCUAACCCCUCAUGCCCCCUGAGGGCGUGGAGUUGCACAACGGGCUGGGAAUAGAGCAACACAAGGUGAUUAGAGACUGGGUCCAGGCUGGGUGGCAGCAAUAAAUAGAAGAGGCUUAGCUCCUGCCUACCUGGGCAGGGCUGCCAGUGGCAGUGGGGCCACAGCUUGUCCCUGCUCCUACAGAGUGGGCUCCCUGCCACACUGUCAGCUUGGGUGCCUGUCUGCAGCCCCUGGCUCCCUCUUCCCUUUCCUGGAAGUGGAACUGGGGCAUGGUGAUGGCUGGGAGCCGUGCUGUAUGACUGAGUCUAUCCCUAACUCUGAGGAACCUCCUUUCCUGGCAGUACUAUCUGCUGUGCCAUCCUGUGCCUGUUUCCAGCUGCCGCAUGGGGCCACGGGCGCAGCCACCUCUCGGGCAAUAAAGGUGACAGCAGCAGGACGAAGCUGAGGAAUGGGAGACCUCCAGCACCCGCUAAUCCCUGUGUGCCCUUGUCUGGUUGGUGCUGCAGAGAGAAUGUGCUGGAGUGUCCUGCUCUCACUGAGACGGGGACAUUCCUCCAGCCACUCUGCAGCUCGUGGUGGCCCAAAGAUGAUGUGGUGGCCCACUUGCUGCAGCUGUGAUCUGGUGGCUCCCACCUCUGCGAUCCUAACCACGUCCUUCAGGCUGGUGGUGUCCACUGUGCCCAGGGCAGGCCGCAAUGAGCCCCUGAAGAAGGAGCGUCCUAAGUGGAAGAGUGACUACCCCAUGACGGACGGGCAGCUGCGCAGCAAGCGGGACGAGUUCUGGGACACAGCACCUGCCUUCGAGGGCCGCAAGGAGAUCUGGGAUGCCCUGAAGGCUGCAGCCUACGCCGUGGAGGCCAAUGACCACAGCCUGGCCCAGGCCAUCCUGGACGGAGCCAGCAUCACCCUGCCCCACGGGUCGCUGACGGAGUGCUACGACGAGCUGGGCAACCGCUACCAGCUGCCUGUGUACUGCCUGGCACCGCCCGUCAACCUGAUCCUGGAGCGGGGCGAGGAGGAGGCGGCUGAGCCGGCUGAGCCGCUCCCCAAUGCCCGGCGCGAGUUUGCCCUCAAGGUGCGCCUGUCCACCGGCAAGGACCUGCGGCUCAGCGCCAGCAUGGCCGACACCAUCGGGCAGCUGAAGAAGCAGCUGCAGGCGCAGGAGGGCAUCGACCUGGCCUGGCAGCGAUGGUUCUUCUCUGGCAAGCUGCUCACUGACCGCACGCGGCUGCAGGAGACCAAGAUCCAGAAGGAUUUUGUGGUGCAAGUCAUCGUCAACCAGCCACUGUCACCCAGGAACUGAGCUGCGGUGGGGAGCUGGGAGUCCUCUUCCCGCACCGAGGCCCGGCGGCACCUUGGGAAUGUUCCAUGCCGUGUCCCAGCCCUGCUGGGGUCAUCGGGUCCCCUCCCCAGGGCUGUGGGCUGGAGACAUGGGUACGUUUGCUGUGGAAGGUGCGAGACCAAAUGUGUGCUGGGGGGCCCUGCUGUGGGGCUGCCCUUGGGGAGAGGCUGUGACCCGCCAGCCGGGCUCCUGCUGCCUCCGGCCCAGGCACUGCAGUACCGGGCGGAGAUGUCUCCCCUCUGUACAUAGUCUGUGUAUUUAUCAAUAAAGCCUUUUCAUCCUUC